UGUCUAUGAUUAAAACUAUCUAUGAUUAUAACCUUAAAUUUUGUCGAGUUUAAGUUUAACCAAUUUUAACCAUGUAUGUUCGUUUCGAAUAAAAAUUAGCGUUUUUAAUUAAUAAUGGACGACAUAUUAUCUGUUGAUAUUUUGAAUAACGAUUUUAAUUAUUAUUCCAAGCUGUUACAAUCUUUUGAUUCAUCGCAGUCAUCUAACAAUGAAGUAGCAGAUGAAGAGAAACGACCAAGUAAAGGUCCCAACAGUUCCCAUAAAAAACGUAAAGUUAAAAAGAGUAGCAAGUAUUCUGAUGGUAUAAGUCACCUGAAAAAUGAAAUCCAAAAGCAAUCGUUAGAGGAUUAUUCCCCUAAAAACGAAAGGAAUAGAAAGGAUUCUAAUUCAGCUGAAUCUACCUUUUCAUCAAGCAUUAGUAUUGAAGGAUCUUUCAAUAAUGAUUUAUUGGAAAGUAUUAAGAAAAAGAAAAGAAAGAAAAAGAAGAUAUCUAAGAUCUGUGAGGAUAAUGACCUACAUCUAGCUUCACAAAAAUUAAAAGAUGAAGAAACAGAAAAAAAACCAAAGAAAAAGAAGAAACACAAAGAGUUUUCUGAAAGUCAUCGUGUAGAAACAGAUUUUAUAUCUUAUACUGAAAUAAAAGAAGAAAGAUGUAGUAGCAGUUCUCACAAUGAAAUUGAGCCAUUUGAUUUAUUAUUAGACAGUGGUAGUAAUAAAAAUAAAAGUAAAAGUAUAGAAAAAGAUAUUGGUGAGAGAAACUUAAAUGGAGAUAAAAGGCACAGUGUAAUAAACACCCUCACAACGCCUCCUACAAAGAAAAAAAAAAAGAAAACUGAAAAGUUACAUAAAAUUUUAAAUUCAAUAAAUACAGAAAACGAAAACGAAUUUUCUGAAAAUGGCAGAGAAGCAGUUUUCAAUGAAAAUAAACAAUGUUUAGAAAACAUUAAAAACAGUUCUAACGAAAUGGAAGAAAUUAAAACAAUGCAGAAUGCUAAUGUUCUUGUACCGACUGCUGAAGAAAAUAUUAAACCUAGGAAGGACAAUGACAGUGAACACUCCAAUCAAAGCGAUUUUGAUCUUGAUAAUCACAGUUCAGACAACGAAUCUACUAUUGACUUCGACGACCUUCUGGAUAAGGCCAUGGAGCAGAAGCAGAUGGAGAUUCAAUCAUUUAAUAAUAUUCUGAGACAUUUAUUUAUAGUAGUCGAUUGGGAAAUUCCCGAAGCUCAUAUGUUUGAAAAGUCUAUCACGUCGUGUCCAAGAAAGGAAAUACAAAGAAGAAUUACAUUGUCUGGAAUUAAUAUUAAAAAGGGAGCCUAUAGUCAAAAAGAAGACGAAACGAUUAAAGCUAAUUGGGAAAAGUUUGCUGAGAUAUACAGCAUUCCUGACCCAAAAGUCUUUUUUUUGUUUAAACGAAAAGGUGUUGCUUUACUUCCGCUAGAAGAACGAAUAAAAUUCGCUCAAUUUCUGGGCAAGGGUUUAACAAACAGAUUGUUAUUCAGCAUUUAUCAAAGGUUCAAAGUUCUUUAUAGCGACAUAAACAAGGGCAGAUUUAAUAAAUACGAAAACCAAAUUAUUUUGACAUUUUUACGUAGUAAAUUGGCAAAAGAUAAUAGUAAAUUUUCAAAAUUGGCCAAUGUUUUAAACAGAGACCGUACAGCGUUAGCCAAACACAGUGAAAUUCUUUUAAGGGAGCAUGAGAUUGCAGAACCUAUCCAGUGGAAUUUGGAAAAUAUGGAAAAACUUUUGAAAAGUUUAUUGAAUAACAUGGGUAUAAGAAAGGUAAAAAAACUAAAAAGGGCGAAAAUAUCAAGCGAAGUUUGGAAAUUAGUUUCCAGUGAUGUUCAUGUGCCUCCAAAGAAACUUAGAUACGUUUGGGAAUCUAAAUUGUAUCCAAGACUUUUUAUUAAAAAAAAUCUAGACACCAAUGUUGUUAUACAGGUCAUCUUGAAGCAAUUAUAUGAAAACGGCGUUAGUGAUUGGAAGCUUAUCAAUUGGGAAGCUUUGGCGUCUCUAUUCCCGGGUGUAACUCCUACUUGGGUAAACAAAUUUGUUAGGGAUUUCCUGCGGCAUCACGUCCCAGAUAGAAAAGAAAAACCGCUAAAAGAAAUCGUCAAGCAUUUAUUAAGUUUAGUGAAUAAUACUGGUGAGUUUGACUGUAGCUUUUGUAGCAAUCUGCACAGACCUUUAAUUGUGCUUAAGUUUAAAAAUGGUCGUUUAUAUAAACCGAAUUGAUUUUUUAAUUUUACGAGAACUGUGAUAGUGUGUAAUUAGUUUUCAUUAUGAAUAAUUAAUUAAUUGUAAGCCUCCAGAAAAAACCGGAAAUGCAGUAACGCUAAUUAAUUUUGUAAUUUUAAAAAGUCAACUUGUGUUGGUAGAAUUAUUACGUAUGAGCUGAUUUUGUUGUUUAUACGAUCUACAAUAAAUUAUCGUUUUUAAAACA